UGGUGUGAAAUGCCUGGUCUCAGAACGUCCGCGGCGCUCUCUCUCUCCGUGGGAUGGCGGCGUUCGAGUCGCCGUAGCGAAACUUCAGUUGCGGGGGCCGGGGAGCUGACGGGAGGUGCACCUCGGCUGUGUCGAAACGCGGGAGAUUCCCUUCAGGUGCGCCGAAGCGCUGCGAACAUAGGGUAAGACGAGGACAGGAAUGUAAAGCGAUACCAGAUGGCCCAGCUGGGAGAUCCACUGUCAGCACGCGUGCUUCCUCGGGACGCUAACGGUAAUAGCAGGCUUCGGCCCGUCCGUCCCGAAACAGGAAUUAAAAAUAGACGCGCUAACGGCCGGUCGACGCGCGCGGCCGGGCGGCCGCCUGUUACGGCGGGGCGCGGACGAGCUGGACGCACGCACGCUAACGCGCGCGCUUCGAGGGGCUUGACAUGGGUAGGCUUACACGCACACCCAGGAGCUAGACACGCGUGAGAGCUCACACACACUCGGACAACGGCCGGCCAAGCAGGGACCAGCUGCUCCUCUGCGCUGCUCCUAUCCCAACAACGCUGAAUCACAGAGACCACUGAGGUGACACCUGCUCCAGCGAUCCCUCCAGUGUAUUAAUGCUAAUUGAUGCCUGGUGAACUCCUGAACGCCCUCUCCAUCUCAGAGAAUGCCAUGGAGGUGGAAGGCCCUUGGAGAGAAGUCUUUGAGGGUACGGGCAGGGAGGGCAGUGGCAGCGCCGACGGGCAGGAGGUCACCCCCGGCUUGGCCUUGAGUCCUCCGGCCCCCGAGGCCCCUCCCAUGCGCAAGUCCAUGCCCGUCAGCAUUAAUCAUAACAGAUCCAAAAGGGAGGAGACCCAGGCCACUUCGUUGCCGUCCAUACCCAAUCCAUUUCCAGAACUCUGCAGCCCCGCCCACUCCCCUGUCCUGGUUGGUUCUCCCCUCGGACAGAGCCGGCCCCCUUCGAGUGGCACACAUGUGGUGAAGGUGUUCGGGGAGGACGGCCGCAGCCGAUCCUUGUGGGUGCCGGCGGGGGCCACGGCCAGGGACGUCUGCCACAUGCUUGUCCAGACCGCCCACUGCGCCGACCAGGAGAGCUGGGCUCUGAUCGAGCUGCACCCGGCCCUGGGGCUGGAACGUUGCCUGGAGGACCAUGAGACUGUGGUGGAGGUGCAGGCCACCUGGCCUCUAGAGGGCGACAACAAGCUCAUUUUCCGCAAGAAUUAUGCCAAAUACGAGUUCUUCAAGAAGCCUGUGUUAUUCUUCCCAGAGCACAUGAUCUCGGAUAGUGCUGAUGUCACCAAGGGCAUGACAUCAUCAGAACUCAUCCAGAAUCUCCUCAACUCGGGGAGCUGUCCGGAGAUCCAGGGCUUCCUCCACGUCCGGGAGCUCAGCCGCAAGCCCUGGAAGAGGGUGUGCUUCUUCUUGCGGAGGUCGGGCCUCUACUGCUCCACCAAGGGCUCCUCCAAGGAGCCCCGUCAUCUGCAGUGUGUGGCCGACCUGGAAGACCUCAACAUUUACACUGUCGCUAACAGUCGCAAGCUCUACGGGGCCCCCUCAGACUUCACCUUCUGCAUCAAGCCUUCCAAGAAUCGUGUGCGGUCGCGGGAUAUGAAGCUCCUGUGUGCGGAGAACGAGCAGACCCGCACCUGCUGGACCACCGCCUUCAGACUCUUCAAGUAUGGAAAGCAGCUGCAGUGUAACUACCAGCUCUCCCAGUCCACACGCAAGCAGGAAGUCACACUGCGCCAGGGCGCCAAGCGCUGCGUGUCAGAAGCAUCUCUGGUGGCCAUGGACUUCUCUGGGAAAGCAGGAGGAAGAGUGAUCGAGAACCCUCGAGAAGCCCAGUGCGCGGAGCAGGAGGAGGGACAAACCUGGAGGAAGAAGACGGCCCUGCGCUACAGCCUGCCAAACAGCCUGCCAAACAGCUGCCAAGGGUUCCGCAACACCUCGAUUCACCAGACGCAGCCCUGGUUCCAUGGGGGCGUGUCACGCAGAGAGGCCCAGGCACUGAUCGAGGAACAGGGGCUGGUGGAUGGGAUGUUCCUGAUCCGGGAGAGCCAGCAGCAUGCCCAGUGCUUCGUCCUGUCCCUGUGCUACAAACUGAAGACCAAGCACUACCUGGUCAUCCCGUGCGAAGACGAUGGCAGGAAGUACUACACCAUGGACGACGGCGUCACGCUCUUCAUCGACCUCCUGCAGCUGGUGGAGUUCCACCAGAUCAACCGCGGGAUCCUGCCCGUCUGCCUCAAGCACCCCUGCGUUCGAGUGGCGCUCUGACCGUGCCCCCCCACCACCCCCCUUAGACUUAUGGACGGUCAGUGACGCCCCUCCCUUGGCGCUUACCACCUGCGCUGGUCCUUUCACCCGAAAAGUCGAAACCUUAGGAACCGUCCCAGAAGAAGGCAGGACGUGUGGGAGAUGGGACCGGGCCUAGGACACGAUUUAAGGGGUUUUGGGGUAGAACUUUGGAGUUUUUUUUAUUCUUCGUGUUACUAUGAAACUGUGGACAGCCAUUCCAGUCUAGAGAGGUAAGCUGCAGGGGAGCCACGCGUACAGCGAAAGAGAUCCGGACCCCCUUCGGUGUUCCCUGUCCUCAGUGUGACACUUGGGAAGCACAGACUUCUUCACCCUCGGUGUGGCGAUCUGGAGCUCAGGUUGCCAUGGAGGCGCGUGGAUACAUCGCUCACCUUCUGAGCCCACGCCCAUCACAGACACACCAAGGGGCUUCUGGAUUCUCUUUGCUCUCACUCCCUCCAGAAAGAAUGACUGAUUUGUUUAAUUUUUUUCAAUGAACAGAGUACACCCUAUAUAAUAGAAACAUGGCUAGCCAACACAUGCAGUUAUAUGUAGCAGCGGGCACAGCCUAACUGAAGAAUGUUUGGCAGGUGUGUGCAUUCGCAGGUGCUCUUGCACGCUCUUUGUAUUUAUCCUUUCCCAAAUGUGGCAGGAUUAAAGAUCUGCACUGGCCCAGACCUGACCCUAACCCUAACCCUCACCCUAACACAAACCUAACCGAAACGUGGCAGGAUUAAAGAUCUGCACUGGCCCUGACCUGACCCUAACCCUAACCCAAACACAAACCGUAACCCAAACAUGGAAUGAUUAUAGAUCUGCACUGGCCCUGACCUAAACCUACCCCUAACAUAAACCCUAACCCAAACAUGGCAGGAUUUAAGAUCUACCCUGAGUUGGACAUCAUGAGAUGUUUAGCCAGGUAUCGCCAAUGAAGCCGCGGGGAACGGUCAGCGGUGCAUGUGAAAUGGGGAUUGGGGGAGAGGGACGAGAUGGCUCCCAUUCCUCUACCCUACAGGUGCUGAUUCAGUCUUUUGCCUGUGCGAAUGACUGCUCACCCUAGACUUUAGUGCCUCUAUCAUGUUCAACAUCAGUGACCUCAUAUGCUAGUGCUCCUCCUGGAAACAGCUGUAGUACGCAUCAAACUGGGCGUGUCCUGAAUGUGGCAUUAUGUAAGGGAUGGCAUUACUCAAUUUCGUUUAGAAUUGUACCGUUAUUAUAUCUCUGUUAUUACUGUACACUACGAUCAACUGUCUUUUAAUGUUAUGUAUAAGAUAAUGCAGAGCUGUGCUGGCAAUGCAAAGCCAGUUAAUGUGUGGUUUGGAGGAGGGGUGAUGUGGGUGGUGAACAGCCACUCACUGGCCUUUUCUCUGAGGACGCAGACUGCACAGCUGUGAGUGCUGAAAAGCUCCUCCCACUGACAGCACUCCUUAUUGGCAUUAUGUGGAGUGAUCCACUGUGCCUAUAGCCAUGCACAGGUUUUAUAGCACCAUAUUGAGACAUUAUUUGCACGUGUGCAACACCUUUAGAUAUGGGUAUGCAUGAUGCACAAUUACAUGUUAAAGGUGAUUCCUCUUAAAAUGAGGUUAGUCCACCUUUUUUGUGUUUUAGCCCUAGUAAAGUAUAAAAGGCAUUAAGUUAGCAUGAACAACUGAGGUCUGUAUCUCCUUUGGUUUUGGCCGGCCAACACUGCAUACAUUUUGAGUCACUUUGUGUUGAUGAGCACCACUAGAGGGCGCGGCUGUUCAAUGAAUGACUUGUUCCAGCUUUGCAGUGCUGUAGAUUCAACCACACACUACAUAUCCCAAUCUUUGUUAAGGUUCACCUGUUAGCUUUGCAUUUUAAAAAAUGUUUUAUUCUUGAACUUGGUUUGUUUCAACAAGUAAUGGAAUGCUGAUCUGGAAUUUUUUUACCAGCCAUUUAUUUUCAGUUUUCUGUUAGUCUUUUGUUAAAUAGCUGCUUUGCUUAUUUGAUAUAAGGUAAAGGUGUUUCUUCACAUAAUUUUCACUUCUUUUCAGUGAUGUCUACCCUUUGAAGGCCCUUUUAAGAUCUCGCUCAAUUAUGUGUAAUUGGCUUAAUUGCAAUUAAUUAUUCCAAGUCCUAUAAAAAUGAACUUGAAAUUAAUAUUAAUCUGUAAUAUCAAUUUGAUGAAGACCCAUAAAUUAAUCUCAGAAAUUUAAAUAAAUACAUUUACUUAUUGUUUUACUUUUUUAAAGAACAUUUCUUAAAAUAAUCUUUCAAAAAGAUUCAGAUUUGAAGAUUCAGAUUUUUCAAAUCAGAUUAUAUCUCAACUCUAAAUGUUUGAGCCAACAUAAGAUGAAAAUUCCAGGACCACAAUUGGGAAUCACUGAAUUAUGUAGUGGUCUCAACUAUGCAGGGUAAUGGACUCCACUAUACAGGGUAAUCACACUUUUUCAGAUAAAAAGCUAUUUUAAAAAAUAAUGUAAUGCAAACUCACUGAAAUAGAAUGCACACUUAAUGCAUGAUUUUGCACAGUGGUGUUGUCUUAAGCUGCUACACUUGAAAAUGGGAAGCCAAGUAUAUUUUGAACUGGACAAAGUCAACCCCAAAGAACAAUUUCUGAAGACAUUUAAAUAAGAUAAAUAAAAAAUAAAAUAAGCAAUACUGUUGUGUUAAAUGUGCUCCAGUUAUACUGUUUAUACUUCUGAAUUAAUUCUCAUCCCUUACCUAAAUUGCUCCUCUCAUAGAAAUAUUGGUGCUAGGUGUUGGUCCCUUCCAAACCCUGUUAAUUCAUGAUUUAAAGAAUGCAAGGCCAGUUAACUUUCAUAUAUUUUAUACACAUAUGUAAAUGACUAAAAUUAAGUUCAAUAUAUUUUUCCACAAAUUACACAUUAAUUCAAAGCAACUUCAUAUUACUUCCUGACUUUCUGUCUGUAUUACAAUAAGUGGUUGUUUUAAUAAAGCUUUGAAUUUCCCAGAAUA